UUUUUGCAUCACCCUUUGCAAGGCUCACGUUGAACCAUAAAAAAGGAGGGGCGGAUUCACUUGUGGGUAGAGAGCUUUUUUAGCUCGCUUUUACCUGUCCCACUUUUGUUUUCUUGUUUCGCUUUUAAAAUCUGCAGAUGUGUUAAAACAGCGCAGUCGAUGUGACACCUGUGCUUACACGUAGCACUUACCGCCAAUUUUUGUUUGUUACAUCGAAGAUCAUGAAGAUUUUCGGCGGCGUCGAAGGGGGAGCCACUUUGUCGAAAGCAGUUGUGCUGAACGAAAGCGGCCAAGUCCUGGGAUGGUCGGAGGGUCACCCCGUAAACCACUGGCUCGUUGGGAUGAACGAAUGCCGGAGGCGUGUCUAUGAACUAGUUCUGGCUGCCAAAGAAAAUGCUGGUCUUAGUCAAGAUGUUCGCCUCGCAUCACUAGUGAGUUCUGGCUGUGAGCAAGAGGCUACCAACAAUGAUCUAAAAGAACUUAUCUUGAAGGAGCACCCUGAUAUUGCAUCAUCAGUAGUGGUAAAAAGCGAUGUCAUUGGAGCACUCAAGACAGUUGCACCAAAUGGAGGUGUUGUUCUGAUAGCCGGCACAGGAUCCAAUUGUUUGCUUGUCAAUCCUAAUGAUUCGAUGCAUCGCUGUGGAGGCUGGGGACAUAUUCUUGGAGAUGAAGGAAGUGGUUUCACUAUCUCGAUACAAGCCAUAAAAAUGGUCCUGCACGAAGAUGAAAACUUCCGGGCCCCUCAGUGGAGUGCUCAAAAGAUUCGUGAACUCGUAAAGGAGCACUUUCAGGUUAAGGAAAUGCUGGAACUUCUGCCUUUCUGUUAUACCAACUUCAAGAAACAGUUCAUUGCGGGGAUGUGUGUGAAGCUGGCAAAGUUGGCCAGGGAAGGAGACAAGCUGAGCCAGCACUUAUUUCAAAUGGCAGGAAAUGACCUGGCAGACCAUGUUGCAGCAGUUUUGCCUCAUGCAGAAAAGAGCCUCUUGGAAGGUGAAGGUGGCCUUCCAAUAGUCUGUGUUGGAUCAAUAUUCAAAAGCUGGGACCUUUUGCAGAAAGGUUUCGAAGAAGUGCUCUGCCCCAAAAUUUCAGAGUUCACUCUCCUGCAGCCAACUGUGUCAGCUGCACUGGGAGCUGCAUUCUAUGGGGCAUCAUUGGUUGACUGCAAGCUACCUAUCAACUUCAAAGAAAAUUCCAGGCGGCUAUACCAUUUCAAACGGGGCACCAAGCAAAACUAGGUCUGGAUGUAUCUUUUUGUGAGCAUGACUGUAACUGGCGGCAGGAAAUCAAGCUUUGUGUGUAACCUAGAAGAGGUAUGGGCUACAUUUUAGAAUAGCGGCUUUUCGGUAGCUAGGCUGCCAUGAGCAAUGCCAUCAUGUUUAUUGACAAAAGAGAUUUUACGUAAUAGUAAUAAUAAUUAAUAAUAAAAAUAUGUGCCUUAGCACUUUAUUUUUUAAACCUUGAAGGUUAACAUUCCAAUUUUGUUUUUUCUGUCGGUGUACCCUCAGUUAUUGUGAACUCAAGCCUCUGCUAUGAUAGGCUUGUCUUCUGCGCCUUUUUACACCCAGAGAGUUCCUGUUCAAUGUUUACCAAUUGUGGUUUACUUUGGGCAUGUUGCUGUGCAUAUGCAACGAAAUACACUUCUUGUGGUCACUUGGGGCAGUGGUGAUUUUUGUUUGUUUUUAUUCGUGGACAUAGAAUAAAAUCUACACCUUGAUAUACUAUGACCAUAUUUUUAAGUCUAGAGGGCCUGUGCUUCCCAAGGUAUAAGUAAUGUCCCCAAGGAGGGUCACAACAUAUUGUUCAGUGAAGAGGGUCAUCAGAAGCAGAUAUAACAUUUUUUAAUUGUUCCAUGCCUGCUGUUCUGCAUAACGAAGCAGCUGAUCGAAGCAGAACCCUAGAUGUUCUGGUGUGGUUGAUGAACGUGAGGGUAGACAGCAGUUUUGAGGGACAACACAGUCUGACCAUUAGUUUGUUGAGAACACUCAGGUAAAUGAAGCUUUUCAGUGCAUCGAAAGGUACCUGUGCUCAGAAACUUUGCUUUAGAGCAAUAUUUGUUUCUGAAAAUUUUAGCUGCGCAAAAGGAGCUAGUGGAUGCAACAUAUUACUCAAGCCUCAGAUUUUCAGAUUUUACUCAGGCCACUUGGCAGAACUAGAGCCACAAAGUCUUUCUGCCCUUUUUACAGUGUAAACAUCCAAAGUAUGCAUCCUAUUUUAUAUUUUUCAAAAGAUGUGCUGCACAGCAUGUUGGGGGAAAAAAGUAAAAGAAAAGCAUGAAGACACAAGUGUUUGUGUGUUUUUGGCUCGUUAUAAUUCUGUGAAUGUUGAGCCAAAUUUUACAAACAAAUAAGUUAUGUUCACUCAUCUG